GCUGAAAAGAUGUAUGGUAUAGGUAAAAUCAUGUAUAUUUAGUAGUUUUUAUAAUUUAUUUAACCUCUGAUUUGACUUACGAUGGCACGGAGGGAAAGAAAUGAGGCAGGGGGAGAUAAGAGAGCGGUCACAGCCCACAGGUCAGGGCAUCUCAGUUGGCCUCCAGAUCUCCGUCAAGCAGGUCGUGGUCGCGUCAACCCCGCCGUGUGGCCGUAGUAUGAGUCACUACCCCCGACUUGACUCUCCUGAGAUAGUGGGGGGUUGCUUCGUCGCCGUCGCCACCUUUUUUGUUAUCGUCGCCAUGAUGCACUGUUGCAAGAUGCUCUGGAGGAGGGUAUCGCUGAAGGACAAAGAUGUGGAAGCUUCCUUUGACGGGGAGUUCGAGGAGGUGAUCCCCAGUGCCGUGCGUGUCACCUACCCCUGCCCUCUCUCCCCCACUGACCCCGCGCCCCUGUCCGAGCUUGUGGAUGCCGCGCCCCCUUGUUACUCGCUCAAGGUGGAGUCUGAGGUGAAGCGGGUGAAGAUGCAGCCCGUGGAAGAGGAGGAGGUCGUGAAGGAAGACAUGGCGACUGUGAACAAGAGCGAAGGCGUGGAAAAGAGGAUGGAAGCUGCAGGAGAGGAUGUGGUAGGCUGCAGAGACAUGGCAUUCCUUAUCACUCGGCUCACUCAGGACAUCGAAGCACGCGAGGCAAGGAAGGAGGAAGACUGCAAGCUGAGAGAGGCCCCGCCAUAUGCAGACCAACACGUGGACCCGCCGUCGCUACAAGAGGAAAUCCUGCCGGACAGUUCCUAUGAAGAGUUAGGGAUGUUUAGCUAUCUCCUGCAUCCCUACCAUCCUGUCAACCCUUACUUUAUUGAUCCUGCAUACAUGACAAUCCAGAUGGCCCAGGGCGGGGAGGGCUUGGAGAUCCCCGAAGAUGCUGUUGAGGGCUUGAGUGACGGGGAAGAAGGCGUGGGGGAGAGAGACACUGAGGAGAACGCGGAAGGAGUCGCUGGAGGUGAAACAAGGCCUGGUAACGAGACUCAGCAAGCAGAAGGGGAUGGAAACCUGCAGGCGGAAGAACUAACUGUGAAGCUCCUGGAUGAUGAAGAGGAAGAAUAUUAUGUUCCCAUGAUAGAUGAACGGCAAUUCCUUCUGCUGGACCUGUAUUCGUCUGGGGAUGAGGACUCUGGUGACGACGAGGAGCUGGAGAGUGAGGAUGAGGUCUCCGCGCCCUGCAGCCACCAGAAGGAAGCAGAUGUGACUGAGGAUGAGUGCAAGGGCGAUGACGAGGCGGCGGUUUAUCACGAGGCGAGUGAUCAGCCGGGAGUAGUGUUCCCUCCUAGAACUAAUUGCUCCGACGAUGAGGCUGACAACAGUAUCUACUUCAGCUGCCGCGUCACGCAAGACCAACCUUGAGCCGUCCUGGGAUCCCUAACUGACACCCUCUCCACCCCUUGAAGACGAGAACAGGCCAAGGUAGACCAUUCUGAGAGGCCGAGAUGGCACCUGAGGCCCGCACAACACUCCACUAUGCGGGUCCGACCAGCGACUCGCGCCUCCACUUCGCAGACCUCUCCGUGUGUCGCAGUCUCUGCCGCAGAAGGUUGGCGAGCAAGAUGGCAUUGUUACUUCACUUGCUUCAUGAUUUGGCAUCGUACUCUUUAUUUUUACUUUAUUUUUUAUUGUUUUGCUUUGUG